AUUCUUCUCGACGGAGUUCUUUGCUCACUCAUCAACUCGCGUCCCGGUGGAAACGAGAAUAAAUUAAACGCGAGAUUCGUUUCUUCUUUCUUCAACGCUGGCAAUUUAAGAUCCAUCCUCCGCGAAAGAGGCUUUAAGCUUCUCAGGAGGUCAUCGAUCUCCAUAAUCGCUGAAACAGCUCGGUAUAAUUCACGGUCAGUGAUUUCGUGGAAGAUAAAUCGUUAUAGCUCGAUAGCCAUAAACAUCCAUGGCGUUGGCUUGAUCGUUAACCGCGUGAACGUCACCGCGGACGAUCAUUCAUUCACCGUGGCACAUUCAGGGCUUUCCCCCUCCCUCCCUUCGGAGGUCUCGCCGAUGAUCUUCGUGCCGAAUCAGCUGGUCGGCGCGCCACCCGGCACCAAUGUCACCAUCGACUGCCACACGGAGGCCUAUCCACGAGCGAUGAGCUACUGGUUCCUCGGCGACGAGAUGAUACUUUCCAACGAGAAGUACACGACCAACAUCAUGGAGAACAGUUACAGAGCGUACAUGAGACUGACGAUCAGAAAUCUGCAGGACGGUGACUUCGGCAACUAUCGUUGCAUCAGCAAGAACUCGUUGGGCGAGACGGAGGGCUCGAUCAGGUUGUACGCAAUUCCGAAGCCAUCCGCGGCACCGAAGGCCACGGAGAUCAAGAGCAGCGCCAACAAAGAAGGUGAGAGCCUCGUUGAAUAUAUUGCACUUUCGAGCCCCGAGAUCGAUCUGUCACGUAGGUCCUCUCCGACGCUUCCCUCUUCAUCGAACUCAUUACGUCCGCGUUUUAUUUUCCAAUCUGUUGUCGCCGAAUGUUGCUCUCGUCGCGCUUCCACGUGCGCCCACGAACCACGGCCUGAGGAACUGUAACUGUAACUGUUCGUUUAAACACCGUUGGAAACGAAACGAAGCGAAUUACAAAAUAUUUAAAUUCCUCAACGACACGGCCGAUCAUUAAAUUUCACGAGAGAUCAAGAAUGGGGGGAGGGAGGUUUGCUUUGGUAAUCCAAACAAUUUAGUCGAGAGUCCCGCGUCCGUAUCGAUUGCUUUACGCUCGAUAGGAACAUAGUGGAAACGUUAUCCCCCUUCCUCCUCACCCCCUGCUCCUCGUCACUCCUUCGAAGAGAGAUACGUUUUCCUCCGCAAUCGGCUACGAACAUCAUCGAUACCGCUAACGAUAUCCGUUCCACCUGCCGGUUUGAAUCUCUUCUCUUCGUCAGUUAGAUCUUAUCCUCGUGUAAUUAGCAACUUUCAAGAAUUCGAUCUCUCGUCGUUCGACAUCGCGCUCUAACAGGUAUUCGGUAGCAAAGGAAUUUUAUAAUUAACAUGCAAAUAUGAUUAUAGGAUUAUAUAUGCGUUUCUCGAGUCGAAAAUUGUCUCGUUGCCUCGAUCCUUUGACGACAAUUGUCUUCGCGUCGCAACAGAUAUUUGGGAAACGGUCACACAGUAUUUCAGUUGAAGAUUUGAAACUUUACACGAGUAUAGUUUUUUUUUUUUUUUUUUAUAAUCCUCAAGUGGAAUACACAGUUGAAGUUAAUAUUUAA